AUGCCCUACUCUCUCCGCACACGCACACGCCAGCCCCUCGCGCCCCUCGACCUCCCAGAAGACCGCCCCAUGCUCAAACGAUCCCCCUCAAGCACCAGCCUGAGGUCCCCGCAGAAACACUCCAAACUCGAUCCCCCACCCUCCCCAGGUCCUUCCUCCUCGAGAUCACGAUCCGUACUCCGCUCAGGCGGGAUGGAAGGGAAGCGGGGAAGUGUGACCCCCAGGAUGAGCUUGUCAAAGAUGAUGGGGAGGGGGGAGAAGGGGAUGGAUGGGGCGAGGUCCCCUGCGAGGAGGUUGUUUGGUCCGGAGACUCCAACGAGCGGGAUAUCGGGGGCUAUCAUAACGCCACCAAGGCUCGCGCCAUCACCACCCAUGGACGGAUCCACCUCAUCGCCCUUUGUCGUUCUCCCCACCUCAUCAAACGUGCAAAAUCUGCCGAAUACUGGUGCUGAGAAUGGACAAGAUGGGCAGCAUGAUCCGGGGUUCGUGAUCUUGCCUGAUCCCAAGGGAAAGGGGAAGAGCAAGGCGGAGGCGGGUCGUACGGCUACCACCCCCACGCGUCUACGCCGGGGCCGCUCACGAUCCCGAUCCGUCGCCGCCGAAGACGGCGCAGACCUCCCACCACUGGCCUCAGAAAACCAAGAAAACAUCCCCCCUCCACCCCCUGUCCCUUCCCUCCCUCCACAUCUCCCCGAAUACAAAUCAAAGCUCCCUCCCUCACCUAUUUCUCACCCAUCAUUAUCACGUUCCACCACCACCACAUCACCUUCCUCUUCCCCAUCUUCAUCCCUCCUGCCGCCUCCGAUGGCGCAUUCGGCGUCGUGGUCGGGUACGCCGGGAAGGAGGAGGGAGAGGUCAAAGUUGGUGAAUGAGCUGUUGAUGGUACGAGGGGAGACGGAGAUGCCGUCGUUCUUGGAAGAACAAGCAGGGCUGGAGGAAGGGGACGAGUUGACACCGGGUAAACGGGUCCUACGCUCAACGAGAGGCAAGCAAAAACUGGCCGAGGAGGUGGAUCGUCUAUAG